GCGACGAUGCAGUCCAAUAACCGAGCGGAAGUAACUGUUUGCUCGACUCGUCGUCUCCACGAGCGAAGGGCGCCGUCAAAACUGAACGACUCAAGGUACUCCCCCCCCAUCAACUGCGCGGAGGGCGGCUUCGAACAGGUUCGUGUGGAGCCAUCGCAAAAAAAAAAAAAAAACCCAUCGAGAACACUCGCUGCCUCGCCAAAGCUCCGUGAGAAGCUCGCCCUGGAGUAUGUUCCCGAGCACACGGGAAUGGGGAGGCAGACCGGUGCGCCACGGAGGGGAGGGCACGUACCCCGCGGAUGCUCUCUGAGGACGGAAUUAGAUGGGGAAGAUCGCGGGGAGAGGAAGCGGGGGCGCUUGCCCAAGGCUGAGAUCGCUGUGUAUACAGUUUGCGUUGAUGAUCCAGUGUGGACGUGCGCACUCUUUUCGAGGUGGCGAUAUGGCAAUGCUGCUGUGUAGCGUAUCAUAUCAUUCGGCCGCCUUUGAGAAAUCAACUGUCGAGAACACGGAUAUAUUCAUUCAUUCAUUCAUUCAUCAGUGCUGUGCUGCUGCCGAUCCCGAUCCCGACGCAUGCAUGUAUUCCCUGGUAUCGAAUGUGCGUUACAUGACCAGUGUUCCCCAUACCUGUACCAGUUCUUACUAUAGACACGGAAUGAAUGGCUCCCAGAAG